AUGUCACCAACCGACGACACCGCUCCUGAAAAUCAGGGUUUGUCCCAAGAAUCAUUCCUGCAGCUCAUCAUACAGGCCAAGAAAUUUAAGGAACGCUCUCAUAGCACAUUCCAGGAUGCCCAUCUGUCAGAGCUCACCCGUCUCUCGCAGAAACCGAGCGACGUCGUUACAUCAGCCUCCCUUUCCUCCGAAGACCCAAACUUACUGCCCAAUGAUGCACCAACAGCACCGUUAUCGACUGUAUUCAUCGGUGACUCCAUGCUCGAGCGCCUCAAGACGACGGGUACAUCCACAGGCCUAGCAAAGCUCUCUGGAUCGUUCAACGCUGGUUGCGGUGGCGACAAGAUUGAGAACGUCCUCUAUCGUCUUGAUCUCAUGUACCCAUUCCUCCAGAACUGUAGCGACAUCAAGCUGUGGGUAGUCAUGGUCGGGACGAAUAAUCUCCGCAAGAAGGGUUUCCGCCCAACGGAUGUAGCACUGUAUCGUCUGCUACUGCAGGCUCUUUUGAGGAUUGCACCAGGUAGCAAGGUGCUUGCAUGCGAGCUGUUCUGGAGGAAGGAUGUUGAGGAUCGAUAUGUGGACGAGGCGAAUCGAAUGGUCAAGGAGAUGAUCAACGCGAUGAAUGAUACUCUUGGAGACACGAGGAUUUGGUGGAGUGAGGCACCGGAGGAUGUUACAAAGGCGAUGCUUGAAGACCAUGGGCAGUACCAAAAACUAAAUCGCCAAAGUCCACCUGUCAUGGUCACAAAGACGCUACCCCUUCAGAAUCGAACAAGCAUCUGGGCAGCCGAGACCAAGCUUCCGUGCAACGUCAUCGGAUUGGGUGGUGGACAAAAUGAGACUUUGUCUCAAGUCCAGAAUGCCAACGCAGAGCUUGCCAAAUCAAUACCGUCAGCACCUGCCACAACCACUUCAACAACAACCACUUCGACUACCAAGCCUACUACCCCUGUAACCAAUGAAGUCCAAUUACCCUCGAUACAACCACCCGGGGACUAUGAUGCUCAUCCAAGUUCAACAUCAAGGCGUCAGAGUGAAAGCCCAACGUGA